ACCUCCCUCCUCUCCCUCCCCACAGAGCUCCUCCUCAUUAUCUUCCACGACCUCCCACCCACAACACAACACACUUUCUCUCUCACCUGCCGCCGCCUCAACCAUAUCUUUGCACCACUAUGCCCAUCACUGUCUCUAUCCUCAGAUACCCAAUAUGCCCUCCGCGCGGCUCUCGCCCGCGACGGCACCCCCUUCACCACCUACGCCUACUGCAGCGGCUGCGGAACCGUGCACAGUCACAAGUUCUUCAGUGCAGACCAACUACAACAGUCUCCAAUAACCCGCGCCUGCUCGGCGAGCCAAAAAAAUCUCUUCAUCGACCCAACAACAUUUUACAGCUUCAACCACGUCAGUGCCUGCAGACCAAAUUAUGACGUUUGCGUAGCAGAUUCAGGACUCUAUAAUCGUCCAAGCCUGAACACAAACCUGGAUGGAAGAAAGAUAAUGCGCCUUAAACUAAAGCCGCCAUAUAACGCCAAGGCGAAACGGAUGAGGCACUACUCUGCUUGGAUAAGGCAGUAUGCUAUCUGUGCUUCGUAUGAAGUCCUUACACUUCCGCCCGGGAAGAUUGCGAGUAAAGAACAGAUUCGGGGUGUUUUGAACGGGUUUGAUAUCCCGACAUGUCCGCAUGUAAGACUCGGUGACUCGGCUGUUGUUGAUGGAUACCGCGGGAUGCAGCACUGUUUGCUUGGAUCCAGUCUCGAGUCUAAAAGACUUGCGUUGGAAGAGGACUACGAGGAUGAGUGGCUCGGCCGCACCCAAGCAGAUGAUGUAGACGCGGCCUGCAGAUUCCCUGGGUGUGUGACAGUGUUCAGGUGGGGAUGUCGGCCCUCUCAGCACAGGGGAGACGGCUGGCAAACUGUCGUGAUCCAUGUGAAGAGGUACUUGGGGGCUUUGGUUAGUCCGUUGGACCCGCUCUGGAUGGCACAGCUAGUUACUGUGUCUGAUGAAGACCGGCUAAGGAGAUACUGGGAUGACUGUUUCGCGUGGAGGGAUGUGAAUCUGGCUAUUGAGGAGAGGAGAUAUGAGCGGGAGCUGGAGCUGGAGCUUCAGGGUGGAACGUUGGGAGAGGCAGAGAAAGUCCAGUUCGACCUGUUGCGGAGAGAGAAUGAUUAUCUUCGCCAUCCGCAUAGAGAG